ACUAAGCCCUUGUAGCCAAAGUCUGGAGUGGUUGCAUGCACCAUUAUGGCGCUUUCUGGCUGUUCUUUUGGCGUGUUGGUGGUGAUUGCUGUUGUGUUAGCCGGUGAUGUUGCUGUGGCUCAGCGUCAGUAUACCGGAGCGCUGACUAAAUACGACUCUCUUGCACGGCUGCCUCAGCAACCGACAAAAGUCUCCCAUCCACCUGAGGGUCAUUUUGACAGAUGCCAAGUGGAGCAGGGUGAGAGGAUCCUGUGCGGCAACUCAGGGAUCACCAACCAACAGUGUGCAGAGAUCAACUGCUGCCAUGAUGGAAGGCAGUGCUACUACAGCAAAGCGGUGACCGUGCAGUGUACUAAAGACGGACAGUUUGUGGUGGUGGUGGCUCGGGAGUCCACUUUGCCCCCUGUGGAUGUGAGUUCCGUCAGCCUGCUGGAAACCGACGACCCCUCGUGCAGUGCGGUUGACGUCAGCUCCGCUUUCGCCAUCUUUCAGUUUGCCAUGACCCUGUGUGGCACUACGGUCAAGGAGGAAGAUGGUUAUGUCGUUUAUGAGAACCACAUGUCGUCCUCGUAUGAUGUGGGAAUUGGCCCCAGAGGCUCCAUCACCAGGGACAGCCAUUUUGAGUUGCUCUUCCAGUGUAGAUACUUAGGCACCGCCGUGGAGGCUCUGAUCAUGGAAGUAAACUCUAUUCCCCCACCUGGGUCGGUCGCUGCUGCCGGAGCCCUCAGAGUGGAGCUCAGACUGGGCAAUGGAGUGUGUCUCUCAAAGGGCUGUGUGGAGGGUGAGUACCACUGUCUUUUAAAAGUUGUUUCAUCACCGCAUCUAAGUUCCACUCUUCUUCCAGAAGAGGCAGCGUACAGCUCCUUCUACACCGCAACAGACUACCCAGUCACCAAAGUGCUGAGGGACCCAGUGUAUGUUGAGGUGCGCAUUCUCGAGAAGGCAGAUCCCAACAUAAUCUUGAACCUGGAGCACUGCUGGGCCACAACAACCCCUAAUCCUCAGAGCCUGCCCCAGUGGGAUAUCCUAGUAAAUGGUUGUCCCUACCAUGAUGACCGUUACCAGACCACUUUGGUGCCUGUGCAUGGAUCCUCCGGCCUUCACUACCCGAGCCAUUACAAACGUUUCAUCUUCAAGAUGUUCUCCUUUGUGGAUCAAAACACCUUCAGCCCUCAGAAAGAUAGGGUCUUCAUCCACUGUUCCAUAGCCGUGUGCUAUGAAAGCAGCACACACUCCUGUGAGCAACCAUGCCAUAGACAACGUCGUUCUCUGGCUGUAGUGAAGUCUCAGAGCCAGGGGUCUUUGGUAUCAAGCCAUGAGGUGAUUCUGACUCCGCCGAGGUCUUGGAAAAGAUGACUUAUUACUGCAAGCUGGUCAUGACUUUUAAUAAAGGCUUGCUGAAAAGUA